GCUUCUGCCACGACAGGUUCCCCUGCUUGUACUGACAACGUGCGGAAGACUAACGGGUCUUCAAAGGUUGUCCUGGACCAUGUUGUUGUGCACGGGGCAGAGCAGAGGCUGCAUGACAGCAUGGGUGAUAGGUCAGCUUAGGCAAUGGAGCAAAGGUCACAGCACAGGGAUAGGGUGGAGCAGGUGGCAGAGCAGCGUGCAGAGUGUCCGGGGGUUAGACAAACUGUCGUGCAGACGGUGGAUCAGAGGGUGGACGAGGUAGUACAAGACUUGACGGGCCAGAGGGUUGAGCAGAGGGUGGAUCAUAGCACAGAUCGGAGAUUGGACGAGAGAGCACACCCGCCGGAUAGGGAGGGCAUUCACCACAUGGUCGUGCAAACUGCAGAGCAGUGUGUGGGGGUGGGUUUGGCUGCGACUGUAGAGCAGAGGGCGAAGCAAAAGGUACAUCCAUGUGCUGCCUUAGGUGCAGAUCCUAGGGUGGAGCAAAGGGUGGAGCAGAGUGUGGAGCAGAGGGUGGAAGUUAGGGUGGAUGUUAGUGUGUGGCACCACAUGGACCAGGGGAGAUCAAACAUCGUACGCGAGAGAGUGGGCGAGAGGAUUUACGAGAGUGUCGUCGGAGAUGAGGGCGGUGUGAUGGUGGAGGAGAGGAUAGAGGUCAAGGAUAGGGAACCCCCGCAGGAGAGUAGUGCGCGAGACAUCGCACUCACCGGAGCUUCGUUCUACGAGAUUCCCCUGCUACCCCCACCUCAGGAGCGAGCAUCUACAGGAGUCAUGGGUGGUCUCGACUGCGGCUCCGGCCAGACGACGCAGGAAGGGGGACGCAGCUUGUUAUUGACGAGUCGCGUACCCUCGACCAGUCCAGCAGGCAUACCGCCGCGGCCCGGACUUGGAACCAUCCAUUCAUCCCACUCAUCCACGCUCAGCAGGGGCUCCAGUCUUCCCAUGUCACUACGGCCGUCGUCGUCCAGGACGAUUUGCACGGCCAUGCGCAGUCCACUGGGGAUGCCCCCGCUUCCGACACGAGGACCAUCAGCCAUCCGCGAUAAUGUCAAGACGAGUCAUGCCGGCAGGAAAAAGAGACAGAGGGAGGAUGACGGUGGCGAGGAUCCACCCCCAGCACGCCCCAGAGCAGGCAGCGGUCAAGCAUGUGGCCGCCCACAUGGCUCGGGCAGAGGACGAGGCAAGCAGCAACAAUCAUGGGCACUGAGUGCACUGGGGGAUGCUCAUGCAGAGACUGCUGACCUUGCAGGGGGGGUUACUGCAGGCAGAGGUGUCUCAGGCAGUAUCCGUACCCGAUCUCGAGCCGCCAGCAGAGAGAGGCCGAAAACCUCUUCUCACGUGGUGGACGAUGAUCCCGAUGGUGAUGAUCAAGGCAACACAUUGGAUCAGAUGUCCAGCAGGGACUACACAGACGAGACUCGUCAGAGGGGUCAGGCUGAGGGAGGAGAUGAUGACAGCUUCGAUGGCACUACCGACAUGGCAGACUAGAGGGAUGUGGUGUCAUCGAGUCCAUCUUCUGUGUGCAUUGGGAGUUGUGGCAUAGUGGGUCUAAGGAAGCGGGAGUGGA